AGACAACGAGUGCGUGCGCGCCUCAUAGAUUUGCAAUGUUGUUUUUCAAUUUCUAUCUCCUCUCCCUCUCGCUCGUCGUGUGGAAGACACGCAUACAGAAGCUCUCGAACUCAUUCCCGAAUAAAACGCACAAAAUCGAAUGGAUGCUAACAAAGCGGCAGAAACGGCAACCAAAGAGAAUGCCGCCGACAAGGUAAACGAGGCGAAGGCAGUGGAGAAUGCAGCGGCGGCCGCCGAGGACCGUGAUGAAGAGUCCAAAGGAGCCGAACAGGGAUCCGAUGCAACGACACCCCCCGACGACGACGGGGCCUCCGCCACCACCGCUGAUGACGUCGCUGAUAAAAAGCCCAAAGGAGACACAGUGGAAGCCCCCACCCCCGACUCGGAUGCAGGCGCAUCGGACAAAACGGAGGUAUCGCCUGAUCCUGUGAAGAAGGUUAGCAUUAACAACAGCAAGGAUUCAAAGAAGGAGGAUGCAAAACAGGAGGAUGAGGAUGAAAACGAAGACGAUGCCGAUACUCAGGGGAAUGAGGAGGACGAUGACGAGGACAAGGCUAGCGAUGAGGAAAGCGACAGGACCACUAAAACCGCUGCAGACGAAAAACACAAAGGUAGUGAUGCCAAGGAUGGGGCCAAGGGAAAGACAGUUACGGGAGCUGACAAAUCGGCCCCAGCCAAGAAACCAUUGUCCAAGCCCAAAAAUGGAAAGGUGGAGAAGGCUGAGGACGACGACGACGACGAGGAAGCCGGAGAUGCUGACGAGGACGAUGGCCUGGAUGAGAACAAUGAGGUGGCAGAGGACGAUGAGAAUGUAGUGGCUUUGGCGGAGAUUGAUCGCAUCAAUGAGAACAUCAACAAGACUCGUGUCGACGGGCUACAGACCCUACAUGCGCUCUGUUUUGGGGCCCAAGGCAAGAACAAUGUUGUGAAGAAGAAUCUGCGCUCCUUUGCUGGAUUCGAAUUCGCCAAGGACUCGACGGAAUACAACAAGAAACUCGAUGCCAUCAAGAAGGUGGACAACAAAGGACUUCGGAGCAUUUGCGAGAUUCUCACAUUGGAUCGGAAAGGCAGCAAGAAUGAAAUUGUAAUGAGAGUGCUCAAAUUUCUAAUGGAGCCGGACGAAUCGCUGUGCUUGGAGCAGGGCGACGAAGACGAGGAGGAGCCAGACGAGGACGACCUGGACGAAGAAGAGGAAGAAGUCAGCGAGGAUGACAAGAAACGCAAGAGCAGCAAGUCGGGUGCCGGCGGCAGAGGCUCGGCUCGCAACUCCAGUGGACGUCCCCGGCGCACGACGGCUGGCAAAAAAAUGUCUGCGUACGUGGACUUCUCCAGCUCAGAGGAGAGCGAGCAGAAAGUUCCGGUGACCAAGCGGAGACGCAACGAUGACUCAGAGUCGGGUUCAGACUACAAUCCUUCGGCCAAUUCAGACUCUGAUGCCGGUCGUGGCGGCGGUGGCGGUGGUGGUGCAGCUAAAGCUGGUCGCAACGUGUCUGCACGAGGCAGUCGGGGUCGUCCAGCGCGCAAGAGUCGGCGAAGAAAUUCGGAUUCUGAGGAAGAAGAGGAGUCCGAACUAUCCGAUGCCGAUAGCGAUGUUCCGAAGCGCAAGCGCCCAGCCGUAACUGGUAAGCGUGGGAGACCGGCGGUCACUGCCGCGGCUGGACGACGGGGACGUGGACGGGGGGCACCUGCGCGAAAACGCAAAGAUUCCGACAGCGAAGAGGAUGACAUUUCCGAAGAUGAGGAGGAGGAGGAACUGUCGGAGUUUGGCAGCGACCAAAGUGAGGAUGUACGCCCCAAGAAGAGUAGGAAGCCCACAACGCCUGCGAGAAAUAGCAAAGCUAAUAAGUCAAAACCAGCUGGAAAGGCCGAUGGUCGAUCAAAAAAAUCAAAGAAAGAAUCGUCCGAGGAGGAGGAUGAUGAUGUCGAUGACAAAGAUGAGUCUGACGAGGAUGAGCCACUAACCAAAAAGGGCAAAAUGGCAUUCCCAACGGAUGAGCAAAUACGCGGCUAUGUCAAAGAAAUAUUGGAUAAGGCAAAUUUGGAGGAGAUUACCAUGAAAACAGUUUGCAAGCAAGUCUAUGCGAAAUAUCCAGAAUUUGAUCUAACAGAAAAGAAAGACUUCAUUAAGGCCACAGUAAAAGCGUUAAUUGCGACAUAAAACGAAGACGGGGGGCAUCUUCAAGCCGGAGGAAGGGCCAGGUCCUGUAAACAAACCAAGCAAAAUAAAACAAACAGCGGCAGAAAAGUAACCUUUGCCACCCUUUGAGAGCUGUUUCAACACCAUCCAACGUUCGGCGUAGUUCAAGAAAAGUAACUCUAGCUCUCCUAUAAGUAUAUGAUGAUUUGUGCUCGUAAAGCUAUCUGCAGUUAAUCUUAACUCAAGUUAACUCAACGACAGAGUCAUUCGCAAAAUACAAUGUCGUCUCCUGUCCACUCUUAUAUAUAUUCACAUGUAUAUAUAACUUCUUUUUGAUCCCAGAAAGCGACGCCCCCGCGCUUUAACUUUCAUUUAUUUAAUGGCUAAAUGUGCUCUUGACAGCUCUGCAAAAUGUGUGUAAAUUAAGCCAAGGAGAAAUUUGUAAAAAUCAGCUUAAAAAACGUACUAACAUGUAGCUACUUUGAUUCACAUUCAAAACAAAAAAUUAUGUAUUUAAAGUUAAGGCAAGAUAAAUAAAACAAAAAAAGAAGAAAGUAAAAGUAAAAAUCGAAAGAAGAAAAAGGAAAAAUAAAUAUCCAAAAUUCACACACUGGCAGCAGUACAAAAACAUAAUAAUGAAUGAAGGAAUUAAGCCACUUUGCAAGUAAAUGGAAGAAGACUUAAAAUUAAAAUUAUUGCAACACUUUUGGCAAUGUAAAAAAUUCAACUUUGGGCGAGUAACUGUAGUUUUAAGGCGCAGACAGACACACACGCACGGCAGAGAGGAGCGAGUGAAUUGAAUGAUAAUUAAUUGAUCCCCAACGGAAGUUUCCAGUAUCCCCUCCCGCCGCACCCCCAUAAUCCUAUUCAGAUCAAGUGCUUCACCAUCACCCCUAGUAGUUGAGGAUUGAAAGGAAGAGAAGAGAUACAUAGGUUUCUCGGCAACAUAACGCAAAUGGGAACACGCUCACACGCCACGGAUGAGUGCAUCAAAUAAAUGAAUGAAAGAGUUAAAUAUUAUAAAUAUUUAUAAAUGUAAACAAAGGCGGAAAUAGAUGUAUGUUAAUUUUAAAAAGAAAAAAAGGCAGUACAUAACACAAAAUGGAUAUCAAGCAAAAUGUUGAAUUAUCGACGAAAGGAAUCGUACAGAACAAAUUCAAAAUAUAUAUCUAGAACAUCAGCAUUCUCAAUGUAAGUUUUCUUGUAGUAAACUCGUUCAUAAAUAGCAGAUCAAGAAUCCAAAAUUAUACAAAUAAAAACAAAUUGAUGUAUGUUGAA